GAUUUCGUCCUUGGACGAAUGCAGGAUCGAUCCUUCAUGAGCUUGUGCGUCUCUCUCUCUCUCUCUCUCUCUUGUAUUUCUCUGUUGUCCUCCCUCGACCGUCUCGUUUCGUUCCGUCUUACUCGACCCACGCACACGCACCCACGAACGAAACUUUCAAAAGGAUUAAGGCGCUUGCGACGAUUCGAUAAUCGAGAAUAACAAUCGUCGUUCUGGCUGAUCCUGAUGAUCUCUCACCACUGCCAAAUUCGCGCGAUCUAUUCUCGGGUAUUUUCUUGGAGAAGUGUCUUCCGUAAGCGCAAACACCUUUGAUAAAGGACGAAGCGACAAUUAAUAAUACUUUACAACGAUUUCCAAAUCGUACAAUCUAGAUAUUAUUAUAAAGAGUAAAAAUUAUACUCUUAAUUCGCGAUUCCUCAAUCAUUCAAAACACGUCGUCUUCCUAAAGCGAAACAUACAAACUAUUGUACUUCGAGGGGGAUUCGUUUUGGUAACGAACGAGAGAAGCAAAAAGACGAAGAGAAGCAAGAAGAAGAAGAAGCAGAAGAAGAAGAAGAAGAAGAAGAAGAAGAAAGAAUCCUCUUUUAAAGUUUUCGAGAUAUAGCCAAGGUUAAAUUCGGAGGUAGUAAAUAGUCUAACGAUAAUCUAGACAGUGACAAUCGCUAAUAAAGUAAAAAGAAAUAAAAAAAAAAUUAAAAAAGAGAAUGGCAAGUGUUCGAAGAUAGAAGAAGAAGAAGAAGGACGAUGCGAAACGCAAAGGUUCUCUUGGCGACGAUCCUUUCGCUUCUCGGCACGCUCGUCGUCUCCGAAGUGCAAGCUUGGAGAUCGACGAUCGGUCAGAGCGGAAUUCGCGAGAGCUCGCUCGACGGAAGGUAUGGGAAUAGUCGUUUACCGAAUCUGACCAUUGGUCUGGUAGUGCCGCACACGAAUUUUGGUGCGCGCGAGUACACAAAAGCGAUCAAUCGAGUGGUUAACAAUCUUCACAAAGGUCAAGCAGCAAAGAUCAGAGGUCAAACGAGAUUUACCUUUCUCGACAAGUACGUUUUCACGCCGCACCAGGUGAAGAACACUAUGCUGAGACUCACGCCAAGUCCUACAGCUAUACUCGAUUCUCUCUGCAAGGAUUUCCUGUCGUUAAACGUAUCGGCUAUUUUGUAUCUGAUGAAUUACGAACAAUACGGCCGUAGUACGGCCAGCGCUCAGUAUUUUCUUCAAUUGGCCGGUUAUCUAGGAAUUCCUGUUAUUGCUUGGAACGCCGAUAAUUCUGGACUCGAAAGGAGAGCUUCGCAGAGCAACCUGCAGCUACAAUUGGCUCCUUCGUUGGAACACCAAACGGCUGCUAUGUUGAGUAUCUUGGAGCGAUACAAAUGGCAUCAAUUCAGCGUAGUUACGUCGCAGAUCGCAGGCCACGACGAUUUUAUUCAAGCGGUCAGAGAACGGAUUUCCGAUAUGCAAGAUACAUUCAAGUUUAACAUAUUGAGCGCGGUACAGGUAACGAAUGCGAGCGAUCUCUUGGAAUUGGUAAACAGCGAGUCGAGAGUGAUGUUGCUCUACUCGACUCGAGAAGAGGCAAUGCACAUACUCAAGGCUGCCGAAGAUUACAAGAUCACGGGCGAGAAUUACGUUUGGGUCGUCACUCAAAGCGUCAUAGAAACUCUUCAAUCGGCCAGUCAGUUUCCGAUUGGAAUGCUUGGCGUGCACUUCGACACGAGCAGCGACAGUCUCAUCAGCGAAAUCAACACGGCUGUCAAAGUUUACGCCUACGCCGUCGAGGACUUUGUAAACGAUCCCAAGAACGCGAAUUACACUUUGGACACUCAGUUGAGUUGCGAGGGUGCCGGGGAAGCAAGAUGGAACACGGGAGACUUAUUUUUCAAAUAUUUGAAAAACGUAUCGGUGGAAGGAGAUCAGGGGAAGCCAAAUGUCGAGUUCACUCAAGACGGUGUUCUCAAGGCUGCGGAAUUGAAGAUUAUGAAUCUUCGUCCAGGAGUUAGUAAGCAGCUUGUUUGGGAGGAGAUUGGCGUUUGGAAGUCUUGGGAAAAGGAAGGCCUCGAUAUAAAGGACAUAGUUUGGCCGGGUAACACGCAUACGCCUCCUCAAGGAGUACCAGAGAAGUUUAACCUGAAGAUAACGUUUCUCGAAGAACCACCGUACAUCAAUCUCGCUCCGCCCGAUCCCGUCAGUGGGAAAUGCCUAAUGGAUCGUGGCGUUCAUUGCCGAGUAGCCAAGGAAUCGGACAUGAGCGAGAUGGACAUUCAGUCGGCUCAAAAAAACGAAAGUUUUUAUCAAUGCUGCAGCGGAUUUUGCAUCGAUCUACUGCAAAAAUUUUCGGAAGAAAUAGGCUUCACGUACGAGUUGGCUAGAGUGGAGGACGGGAAAUGGGGUACACUCGAGAACGGAAAGUGGAAUGGCCUUAUAGCGGAUUUGGUUAACCGGAAGACCGACAUGGUAAUGACGUCCUUGAUGAUAAAUUCUGAAAGAGAGGCAGUCGUGGAUUUUACCGUUCCUUACAUGGAAACCGGAAUAGCCAUCGUUGUUGCAAAACGAACUGGAAUAAUAUCACCCACAGCUUUUUUGGAGCCAUUCGACACGGCUUCCUGGAUGUUGGUGGGAAUCGUCGCGAUUCACACCGCGACGGUAAUGAUACUCUUUUUCGAGUGGUUAUCACCGUCCGGUUUCGACAUGAAGGUAAAGCCUUCAGUCGCUCCGCAGAAACUGAAAAAUCCAUCGCCGAAUCAUCGCUUUUCGUUUUGCCGCACUUACUGGUUGGUCUGGGCGGUACUGUUCCAAGCAGCCGUCCAUAUCGAUUCUCCGAGAGGAUUUACAGCCAGAUUCAUGACGAACGUUUGGGCGUUAUUCGCCGUGGUCUUCCUCGCCAUUUACACUGCCAACUUGGCUGCCUUCAUGAUAACGAGGGAGGAAUUUCACGAGUUCACCGGUGUCGACGAUCAUCGACUGGCCAAACCGUGGUCGCACAAGCCCAUGUUCAAAUUUGGCACUAUACCUUGGAGUCACACCGACAGCACACUGGCUAAAUACUUUAAGGAUAUGCACUCUUACAUGAGGGGCUUUAAUAAGAGCAGCGUGGCCGAGGGAAUCGAGGCUGUCAUCAGCGGUGAAAUGGAUGCAUUCAUAUACGACGGAACCGUCCUCGACUAUUUGGUCGCUCAAGACGAAGAUUGCAGGCUUCUCACGGUUGGAUCUUGGUACGCCAUGACGGGAUACGGUUUAGCCUUUUCUAGAAAUUCCAAAUAUUUGCAAAUGUUCAACAAACGUUUGCUCGAUUAUCGGGACAACGGUGAUCUCGAACGUUUGAGACGUUUCUGGAUGACGGGCACGUGCAAACCGGGAAAAGAGGUUCAAAAAAGUAGCGACCCUUUGGCGCUCGAACAAUUUUUAAGCGCUUUCCUAUUGUUAAUGAUGGGAAUUCUUCUCGCAGCCGUCUUCCUUCUUCUCGAACAUCUAUAUUUUAAAUACGUGAGACAACACUUGGCAAAGAGCGACGGCGGUGGAUGCUGCGCUCUUUUCAGCUUGAGCAUGGGAAAAUCUUUGACCUUUCGCGGUGCGGUCUACGAGGCCCAGGAUAUACUGAGACAUCACAGAUGCAGAGAUCCAAUUUGCGAUACUCACUUAUGGAAAGUGAAGCAUGAGUUGGACAUGGCCAGGAUCAGGAUACGACAGCUCGAGAAGGAUCUCGAAGCUCACGGAAUAAAGCCCAGUCAGACCAAGAGGAAAACCGGAAGUCUGGCCUGGUGGCGAGGAUGCUUUCAAAGUUCGGACCGGCAUCGACAUCCGGAACCAUUGACGGUCGAAGCGCCGCAUCCGCUACCGCCAUACUUCGAUUCAUUCAUCGAUGCGGUGGAGGUCGCAAGGCCAAGAGACAUGAGCAUUAAUCACGUAGUAAGCACCGAGUACGCGGAAACCUUUUUACCGACGGAGAUUUAUAGAAUUCCGGGCACGGAAGGGGUAAGAACGGAAAUUGCAGAAAUGGAAACAGUUCUGUGAUCGUAACAGGUACGGCCUUCAUCGCCCAGACAUUAAAAGAAGCCAAACAGCCGGGAGACACUUGUUCUUCUGAUGAAAAAGAAAAAAAAAAAAAAAGAAGGAAGAAAAGAAAAGAAAGAAAAAGAAAAAGAAAAAGGAAAAAAAAAGAAAGAUAUUCCGUCGAAUCCACGAGCAUCGAAUUGCUUCUUUGCCCUUUCGGAAUCACGGACGACGAGUUCUUUCGUAUCUCCUAAAGGAUAUUUUAUCGAUGACGUGAUACGACGCGACGAACGAACAAUUUCAAAAAUCUCAAUCCUUUCCCUUAAAGAAGGAGUCUGAAUUUUACAACAUUUUUUCCUUAAUCAACGAAAAAAAGACGAAUAUGGAAAAGAGAACGACAAUGACGAUGAUAUUUGACACCGUUCAAUGCCUAAUCGACUCGUCGUAUUUCGCCAAUAAAGAACGAUAACGGAGAUCCAUCCUUAACCUCUCAUUUUUUCUUCCCUCCCCCCCCUCUCUCUCUCUCUUUCUAUACGUCAUAUAUAUUAUAUAUAAUAUUUAAUAUUUUUCCUUACUAUUAAAAUCUCCUUCCGUAUCCUUUCUCGUUUUCUCUCUUCCACAUGGAGAAUGAAUUUCCACGAAAAAAUGAAGAGGUUGAAAAAAAAGGAAAAGUAGUGAGAGUAAAUUGUGAGAUUCACGAGUAAAACAUGUGAAAAAAAAUGGAAAAGAAUAAAAAAAAAUAUAUAUAUAUAUAUAUAUAUAUAUAAGUACAUACAUUCUAUAACGUACCAUUUAAACGUACGCGACUUUUUUCUCGGUCCUUUCUAAAUUCAAUUUGUGCCUACAAAUCGUAUGAACACGACGGUACCACCUUUGCACCACGGGUUUUGUCUGCGAGCAAAUAUGAAGAAAAGGAAAAGCCAAACAAACGUAAGAGAUAGAGAAAAGAAGGAAAGAGAAAGAAAAAAGGAAAAAGAAAUUAGAUACAAGGGAAAAAAGUCAUAUUGUAAAAGCGCAACGAAAUUAUUCUUCGAUUUUCAUUGUCCUUUCGUGUGGUGGUGGGCAAAGCAUUAAGAGAGAGAACUAUUAUCACGAGGGUUGUACCGAGCUAUUUAAUGUUGUGUAGGGAACUAAAAUUAAUUAAUAUUAUUAUUAUUAGGGCAAAACACAAUCGGGCACCAACAAUGCAAUAGAUAGUUAUCGAGUUCUUCUCAUUUUUAAGAAGGGCUAUUUUAAACUUUGUAUAAACUCGUGACCGACCAUGGCACACACGACAAGUAAAUAAAACGUAAAACAAAAAAAACGUACAUACAUACAUACAUACAUACAUACACGUAUACAUAUAUAUAUAUAUAUAUAUGUAUAAAUGUAUACGUACAUCCAAUUCACGUACAAAGAAAAAGACGACGAGGCUGUAAGAACGCUACCCGGUAAAAAAAAGGAGUAGCUAUCCCAGAAAAGAUGUGAAUCUAUGUGUUACCCUACGAGAUUUAGACCGGAUAUAUCUGCGAGUGAAAUAAUACAAAAAAAAAAAAAAAAAAAAAAAAAGAAAAAAAAGAACAAAAAAAGAAAAAAAGAAAAAAAAAAGAAAAAAAAAGGAAAAAAAAGAAGAAAAAAAAAAGGAAAAAAAAACAUGUUUGUCGGUUAACGUUACAUUGUACGCGCAUCGAUAUAAUUAUUAUACAUAUAAGGAUAUACAUAUACGUGCGUAUUUACGCUAUAUAUAUAGGUUAUUUCCACGUAAAAGAGAAAGAUGAGCAACAAAUUAAAGACGACGUACCGUGGACAAAAAUGAGAUAUUCUAAAAAAACUUUACUUUGAGGACGUAAUAAUGCUCGAUGAAAAAAAUAAUACGCUACACACACACACACACACACACACACAUAUAUAUGUAACGACGAACGAUAUGUAAAGUCAAAAAGAAAAAGAAAAAAAAAGCAGUAAUGUAUAAGAGAAAUAGAAAAGAAAAGAGGUUACUACCUCGUCGUGGAGUGUCAGGCGUCGUUUGACGAAUAUUUGAAAAUUGUCCAGAAAGACUAACAAAGAAAAAAAAA